UUUGGUUGCAUCUAAACAAUUUAUCUGCACUGAUACCCUGUGCUACAAGAAUGGCUGCCUCAGCGCUUCGGCUGACCAUUGUCCUGGGACUGCUUGUCCUAAUCUCGACUUGCCAUGCAGACAACAAACCAAAUGACAAGCCAGAUGACUCAAGCAAAUCUUCAGAACCAGAGUUCCCAAAAUUCCUAAACCUCUUGGGCACGGAGAUCAUUGAGAAUGCAGUGGAGUUCAUCCUCCGCUCCAUGACCAGAAGCACAGGAUUUACGGAAUUUGAUGAUAAACGAGGAGAACAUUCAUCAAAGUGACCUCCCAAGUGUGGCUUGAUGAACCAUGCUAGAUCUGCAACACGGAUCCGAACCUGUGAACCCCGGGCAGCCACUGAAGCGGAGCACGCACACUUAACCACUAUGUCACCGGGCCAGCCACCCCACCCCCGUCCAGGACUUAAUUGAUUUUAUAACUGGAAGUUUGUAACCUUUGAGCACCUUCACCCUUUUCUCCCACCACUCCCUCUGCCCCUGGCAACCUCCAUUCUACUCUCUCUUUCUAUAAGUUCCAUUUCUUUCAGACUCCACGUAUAAAUGAGAUCGUAUAAUAUUUGUA